AUGGUACAGUCUUCAGGGCAGCUGGACACAGGUUUUGCGAUUCCGACAUCUGCACUCAUUCCGGCAAAUGGAGCGGCGACUUGCCUGCUGGUGUGUGAUCGGCUUUGCGAGGACCUGGUGGGCGAGCGCCUGGUGCCCACCAUGAAGGCCGGCCUCGAGGCGGCGAGGCGCCAGUUCUCGCAGGUUCUUUGCCUGCCAGGGCGCGCCGAGCUCAUCUGCGCGCCUUUAGAGCUGCGGUGCUCUGAAUGCCUGGGCAUCGAUGUGUCGAAGGCGAACUCCCUCCGCUUCUCUGCUCGGGCCAUGGACGCUCCGGCACCUGGGGCACAGCCCUGGAAGUGCCAGCUGCUCCUCAAUCCUGUCUGGCUGGG